AUGAAAGCUUUGGACGGACUCACUAUGGGAGUGCAAAAUGGUGAGUGUUUCGGUCUACUUGGAGUGAACGGAGCCGGCAAGACGACCACAUUUGACAUUCUUACCGGACAAUCAUUCGCCACUGCUGGCACGGCUUACAUCGAUAAGCGAGAUGUCACAGAGCAAAUACCUAUCGGUUACUGUCCCCAGUUUGAUGCGCUGAUGCUCGAUUUUACUGGAAGAGAUGGUGGACAACGUCGAAAAAUCAGCGUAGCUAUUGCUCUGCUUUCACCAACGCGAAUCAUCAUUCUUGACGAACCAACAGCUGGAAUUGAUCCAAAGGCUCGCCGUGAGAUUUGGGAGGUUUUAUCGAUGGUACGUGACCAAUCACAUUCCGCCCUCCUGCUUACGUCACACAGCAUGGACGAAUGUGAGGCGUUAUGCAGUCGAAUCGCCAUUUUACAAAGGGGUCGAAUGGUAGCCAUUGGAACAAGCCAACAUCUUAAAACGAAAUUUGGGAACAGCUACACAAUAACAAUGGUGGCACCGAGGUUGGAACUUCGUGAUAACGUCAUAGAAGGAGUGAUAAGAACGUUUCCAUAUGCUGUGCUAAAAACGCCAAAAGAAAGCUUGUCUUUGAGCUUGAAGUGGCAGGUGACGCAUAAUAUCCUUCGUUUUCUUUACUAG